AUGGCAUGCCAAAAAUGUNCUAAGGACAAAAGGACUAAGGACAAAAGGACUAAGGACAAAAGGACUAAGGACAAAAGGACUAAGGACAAAAGGACUAAGGACAAAAGGACUAAGGACAAAAGGACUAAGGACAAAAGGACUAAGGACAAAAGGACUAAGGACAAAAGGACUAAGGACAAAAGGACUAAGGACAAAAGGACUAAGGACAAAAGGACUAAGGACAAAAGGACUAAGGACAAAAGGACUAAGGACAAAAGGACUAAGGACAAAAGGACUAAGGACAAAAGGACUAAGGACAAAAGGACUAAGGACAAAAGGACUAAGGACAAAAGGACUAAGGACAAAAGGACUAAGGACAAAAGGACUAAGGACAAAAGGACUAAGGACAAAAGGACUAAGGACAAAAGGACUAAGGACAAAAGGACUAAGGACAAAAGGACUAAGGACAAAAGGACUAAGGACAAAAGGACUAAGGACAAAAGGACUAAGGACAAAAGGACUAAGGACAAAAGGACUAAGGACAAAAGGACUAAGGACAAAAGGACUAAGGACAAAAGGACUAAGGACAAAAGGACUAAGGACAAAAGGACUAAGGACAAAAGGACUAAGGACAAAAGGACUAAGGACAAAAGGACCAAGGACAAAAGGACUAGGACAAAAGGAUUAAGGACAAAAGGAUUAAGGACAAAAGGAUUAAGGACAAAAGGAUUAAGGACAAAGGACUAA